AUGACUUCGCCGACCAGCUCUGCGCCGUUUUCCAGGGCUGUGGUGAGGGCUAUGAAGAAGCUCUAUCCACAAGCCCUCGCAGACAACUCCUGGGAUAACACAGGGCUCCUCCUCGAAGCACCCUUCGUACCCUCGCGCCGCCAAUCCAACAACGUCCUCCUCACCAUUGACCUCACAAAAGCCGUUGCCGACGAGGCAAUUGAGCUCAAUUCUUCUAUAAUCGUCGCAUACCACCCCAUCAUAUUUCGCGGCCUGAAAUCCAUCACGCUUGCAAACUCACAACAGCAGACGUUGCUUCGAUUAGCAAGCCAUGGCAUUAGCGUUUAUAGCCCGCAUACGGCGGUAGAUGCGGCGCCAGGGGGGCUAGGGGACUGGCUGGCGGACAUAGUGACGGGCAGCAAGAAGUACCUAGAGCUCGAAGAUAGUGAGACAAGCUCAGAGGCGGGAAAGACACCGAAGAAAGAAGACGAUGACCCGUUCGUGGACAAGAAGCGGCCAACGUGGGCACUUGCCCAUCAUCCGUCGUCCGUGCAAACAACGCUUCGUCUGGGCAAUCAAUCCGCGCCCUUGACAGCAAUUCCUCAUACUCGCAGACCGGUCGUUCCGCAAUCACCAGAGCUCGAGACGCAUCCUGGCGCAGGUAUGGGCCGCGUCGUCCAUUUCGACUCGCCUCAACCACUUCCCGUGCUGCUUGACCGCAUAGGCCGCGGUCUCAACAAUCCGAAAGGCUUUCCCAUCGCGAUACCGCAAAACGCAGACAUGUCUGCGCUCACUAUCCGCAGCGUGGGUAUCUGCGCGGGAUCAGGCGCCUCGCUUCUCAGCAAUCUCGAUGUUGACCUGCUGUUUACGGGGGAGAUGAGCCACCACGAGGCGCUUGCGGCAAUAGAAAAGGGUCAGGUUGUGAUAACCUUGUUCCACAGUAACUCUGAGAGGGGCUUCCUAAGCGAUGUGUUGGCGGAGCAAUUAGAUGUCGAGGUGGCAGAGCAGUGGAACAAAUUACGGGAAGAAGAAGCAGGGAAGGAGGAGUUGAGAGAGGCAUUGGCGGAUGACGAUUUCGAGGUUGUGGUUAGUGAUUUCGAUAGAGAUCCUUAUGGCAUCGUGGUCUUAAACAACGAUGGACAGUAA